AUGUCUAUCCCCACCACUGAGCUCGUCAUCUUCGACACUACAGAGGCGUUUCGUAAAGAUCAGUCGAUCGUACGCCCUGCAUUCGACAUGGUUUCAAAGGCUGACGGUGUCCGCAUGCCCGCCUACGUUGGAUUGCAGAUCGAGAACGCUGCUAAAGGCUACGUCUUCCUCAACUGGGAUAGCCUCGCCCAGCAUCAGGCGAUGCUAGCAGCUCCCUCAUACGGUCGCCUGCUUGAACUCCUGAAACCCGCCUACGGGGGCUGGUCGAAGAUGUACCAUGUAAUUUUCAACAGCCAUCCCAUCGCACUCCAGCAGCCUGUCACGGAAGUCCUCCUCCUCACGCUCAAAAACCCCAGUCAUCGCGCAGAGGUGUUUGAUAUCCUCACUAAGAUCUCAGACUCCACUAAGAAGAUGCUCGUGUUUGGGCCUACGCUGGAGGAUAAAAAUGUAAUUAUUCUUGUUGGCGGUUGGCAAAGUGUUGAGGCUCAUUGGAAUAUGGUUGCUAAUCCUGAGCCGAAAGCUGCUCUCGAACGGCUAUACGCUCUUGCCAACAAGGACCAUCUGUUCCACACUGCCUUGUCCCGUUACUGA